AUGGCGGAGGACGAUGAAUUGAGUACACGAUAUGCCUUCUUGUUGCAACCCAUAAGAGAUUUGCAGAAAAACUGGGAUAUCGAUAUUAGUCAUCUGUUAGAAGAAUUCGUUGAAAGGAUACGAGAAUUAAGCGAACAAUCGGGACUAGAUGAUGAAGAAAUUGGUGAAGAGGAUAAAUUUAAUUUUGCGGAAGCAGCAAUACUUAUUCAAGGUUCCACGAUGGUAUAUGGUAAGAAGGUUGAGUAUGUUCACGGACUUGCAAGGGAUUUCUAUGAGCAACUCCGUGAUAAGAAGACUUUUCGCAAAAGAAACUCAGGUGAUGAAAUCGAUAAUAUGGAACACGUCGAAGAUGACGUCGAUGAAUAUUCACAAGAACCGGAUGAUCCUUGUGAGCUUAUACAAUUCACAAAUGUUCGAACUGUUGAUUGGAAAACACUUAUGUUGAAAAAUGAGGCGAAACCACCUCCCUUACUUGCACAAAUACCAAUCUCAUUGAUGCCCCUUGCUGAUUUUGAGAAAACCAAUGUACCGUUGUACUCAUCUCGAAACCCUAAAGAAUUGAUCGGAAAACGAGAUGAUUUUAUUAUCAACACUGGUUUCAUCCAUGAAAGUGGUGCUCUCUUACUCGAUUUAGCCAAUGCUAAGCUUUUGAAUGAUUUUAUGGUGCAGGAGCAAUGUCACGGUAGUUCUGGUAAUGCUGAUGUAUUGAUGCAACAGAGUAAUGGACAGUUAGCUGGCAACGAGCAUGUUCGGAGCUCCACUAGUGAAGUAGAGAAAGUCCGACGCAUGACAUCUGCUACCAAUCUGAAUACGAUGACACGCCGUGAUACAAGUCAUGUAGAGCUUGUUAGUGAUGGUGAUGUUGCUAUAGAUAUGAUAAGAAAUAGUGUUAGCGGAAAUUGUGUACAAGAAGAAGAUGGCGAAACUGACAAUUUCGGAUUUGAUAGACCUGCAUUUGACAAUGUUGUGGACGACAAUGAUGACGAUCAUCAUCCGGCUGAUGAAGAAGUAUUCGAUGGGGCAGAUGAUGAGCCUGUUAUGGACUUGUUUCGGUUACAGAAAUGCAAGCAUGCGCCUUAUCGGGCUUGCAAACCUUCUUUUGUGCCGGAACAGAUUGAAAAACGUCGAUUAAAAAGGAAGGAAAAAUUAGGCUUGAAAACUUAUUCCAUUCUUAAUGAUUUCCUUCAGCGGUAUAUUUAUCACUCGUUGCCAAGAAGAACUGCACAUGUGCUGGAUGAUGAUUUCUCAGUUAUUUUUGGAAAGCUUAUCCGAAAUCUGGAAAAGUAUCGGAUGAAUGUGAUUAAGGAGCGCGCUAUGCAGCAUGUCGAACUGUAUCAGCAAUCAGAUUUCUUGUUGGAAUUCACUUUUAUAUGUGAUGUUCAAUCAGAUGAGAGCGAAAUGGCGGUUGAUGAAUAUGGAAACGUUGAAGGUGCUUAUUCUGAUGACGAAAUCGAAAAUGCUGCCGAUAUUGUCGAUGAUGGUAAUCUCACUUUUGCUAACAUGCCCAAUGAUGCUUUGGAAGAUAGAGUUCACGUUUCGUCGAUGUAUAUGAAUUUUGAUGAUCCAGAUCUUCUUUUGAAACCUGCGGAACAGAUGACAUAUCAGGACUUGCUAAAGGUUCACUUGCAAAAAUAUUGGUCAUCAGCGGAAGAAACUACAUCGAAACUAUGCAAGCGCGUGCAACAAUGGGAGGAGAAAAUUCAACCAUUAUUGGAAGAAGAAGAAACACGUCGAGAAUUUAACAUACAUCAGUAUAGUACCGAACUUUUGGAACAAUAUGAAGGCAUCGGGCAGACGAAGACUUUCGCCGAGCUAAUGGAAAAUAUAAAUACGCAGUAUGAUAUAAGUCGGUACUGUUUAGCAUCAUUAAUGCUUGCAAAUACUGGAAAUAUUGAAGUGGAUUUUGACUGCGAAACUGUACGCACGAAGGAUGGAAGAGGUUUAGCGCUAAAAUUGCUCAAAAAGGAGCGUCAUCAUCAACAAUUUUCGGAGUCUCAUGCACUCUCUACCUAA